UUACCCGGAUUUCCUAAACAAGCGUAUAAAAUGGUCCACCUCCACAAGAAAUCCAUCCCUAGUUGUCGUCGCUACCUACUCGAUUUCUUAACUGCACAUACUUGACCUCGUCAUUGCUUCUGUCGAAACUGCAACCCAGCAACUUGAAAGUACCAAAUCAUCAACCAUGAGCGAAUAUAAUCAAGCCACCCUAACACUAUUAGACUGCCCUGUCGAAAUCUUGUUAAAGAUUUUCGGCCAUCUAGAUGUGUACGAACUCGUACGGGCUCGUCAAAUAUGCAAUUAUAUUCAACAAGCGAUUGAUUCUUCCUUGGAGUUUCUGUAUUCAAUCGACCUCGAAUAUUUCCACGCAAUUCCGGUCACUGUGCCUGGUUCGGCCGAUACUGACGUCCAAGGACUCCGUCAGUCGCUUCGACAAAGAGAAUCUGCAUGGCAGAAUGCUCAGUACUCAUUGAACGCCCUGGACCCUGUUCCGUGCCCUCUGGUUAUGUACCGAUGGUCGUCCGGCGUUCUGGGAUUCCCAGUCGCAUUUCUGGGACGCCAAGUCGGACAAACCGAGCGAAUACUAUUUCUCCAACCCCAACCGGCAGACGUCCACUCCAGUGCCCCAACCUUGCAUCAGUGGAGCUGCCAAGUCGACCACCCAUUCCCCCAUUUCAAUUUUUCGCCUGCGCAGGAUCUCAUGGUUUACCUUGCCGAAGCACCCUGGGGGGCGAAUCACGCGUUUGAUGUCUGUUUCAGAUCCCUUUCAGAGGAUAACGUCCAUCCGGAAGCUGUAUCACCUGUCCUCAAAGCAAUCGACAAGGACAUUGAUUUGGAGUUGUUCAACCUCUUCGUUCAAAAAUCCUCGAUCUUUGGGGAUUAUUAUGGUGUUUUAUUCAGAAAUGUCAUCAGAACGAAUGGAGCGGCCGACUUUUUGCAGAUCUGGAAUUGGAAGUCAAAGGACGCCUUUCAGUGCAUUGAAGCUUUUGAUCUGGCUUGCGACACGAUGGACUUCAGCUUCCUGACGAACGAAAAAAUUCUCGUCGCCAACGCCAGGGAACUAUCAUUGUAUUCCCUCGUUCAGUCCUCCAAUUCCCUCAAGAUCACUGCCAAAUUUUCCCUCCCUCCCUUGCGGAGUCCCUUUGAAUACAAAUAUUUCAACUUCACCCCCAUUCCUUUCCACGCCCACGCACACAACCAAAUGAUCUCUUUCAGCAUGAAUAUUUCAGGGGGGGCCCUCGCCACCGAUCCUUGUUUCACACUCUUCGUUGAGCGCAAUGCCCUCUUGGAACUCGAGUCCACCUAUACAAGUCGGUAUGGAAAAGCCACUGAAGACUCCCCUAGUCUGCCUUGGUCCAGCUGGGGCCCAAAUCACACCCGGUCCUUCGUGGAGCGCUCGCGCGAUCCUUGCAAACACUCCGUCUCUGGCUUCCGGUCUGUAUCUUUGGCCGGGGACCGGAUGUCGGAGCGUGAGAAGCGACCGCUAUGCAUUCGAGACUUCAAUCCUCACCGAGUGGCGGAUUUCAAGGCUGGGAACGGCUCUAGACUAAAUCAGCGACUUAUCGAAGGCGAGCCAACAAGCUCGAAUAUGUUUUUGGAGCCUCUUGGAUCUGGUCUUCCGUAUCUCGAGACGACCACCGAGGAGAAAUUUGUUGCGACGGAUAUGAACGUGGAGGCAAACAGGGUCACGUUGCUGAUGUUCGAAACGGGACGCACUUUUACGAUGUCGCAAUCGGGUCAGGGGGGCCCCGUCAAGUAUGAAAAUCUACAGCGCUUUGAAGUACUUGAUUUCCAGUAGAUGUUUAUCUCGAGCUUCUUGUCAUUUGAGCAUCUCAAUUCAUAUUGCGUUUACUGAUCCACAAACACGCUGGAAUCAAUCGAUUCUGCUAUCUACAGUUUUAUAGGUCACAUAUCAGUACUUGAAAGCUAUGCGACAUUGCGAC